AUGAUGGAAACUCCCAAGCCGUCCAGCAUAGUCGAGAAUCGUCGUCUCUGCGCUGACCGCAACAGCACGUCUUUAACUUCCAACAUCCUGAUGUAUUAUCAGAACAUUGGUGGGAUCAACAGUUCUCUCGCCGAGUACCAGUCAGCUUUCUGUGACGGGUGCUAUGAUAUUUACGCUCUUUCCGAAACAUGGCUGAAAGACAACACGUUGACGAUGCAGCUAUUUAACGACAAAUACUCAGUGUAUAGACAAGACCGGUCGACUUCAAACAGCACCAAAAGCACUGGAGGUGGUGUAUUGAUCGCCGUUCGCUCGAGUUUCAAAUCCCGACAGCUGAUUCCUUCUGUAAGCUCGUCGAAGGUGGAGCAAUUAUGGAUCACGAUUCUCACGACUGACGCUAUUCUCUACCUAUGUGUAGUAUAUAUUCCUCCCGAUCGAGUGAAUGACGCGGAUCUGAUUGAGAAUCAUCUUGACUCGCUCUACUGGGUGAUUUCGCAGAUGGGACCUAGAGAUAACAUUAUAAUUAUUGGCGACUAUAACAUGGGUACGAUAUCGUGGCAGCACAAUUCGGUUGGAUCGCUCUAUCCGAUCAACUCUCGAUCCUCGGUUGGAUUAACAUCGCGAAAAUUGCUUGAUGCAUACUGCACUGCUGGACUCAAACAGAUGAGUGGAAUCGGAAACGAAAACAAUCGUUUGCUCGAUUUGUGUUUCGUUAGUCAAGAGCUGUGCCAGGACGUCAGGGUUAUGCAAGCUCCAUCACCGCUCGUUAAAAUCUGUAGACAUCAUCCUCCCAUACUAACGGAAUUGAAAAUAUGUCCACAACAACGCUUUUGCGUCACUACUGAGAGCGUUUUUUAUGAUUUCAGUAAGGCCGAUUUCGAUGGCAUGAACGAUUUCUUUUUACGUGUGCAGUGGAACGAAGUUUUCCAAGAUUACGACGCUAACCUCGCUGCUUCUACUAUUUCUGGUAUCCUGCUUUAUGCUAUCGACCAAUUUGUCCCUUUGAAGUCCAAACGCGAGCCGUUGAAACCAGCUUGGACAAAUGCCGAUCUCAAAUUUCUUAAGAAGAUGAAACGAGCUGCACUCAAACGGUUCACCAAAUACCGUACGGAUUCUACGAGGAAUAGAUACUUGAAGUUAAAUAACGAACACAAACAGCUUAACAAUCGUCUGUACAACGCUUAUCAGGACAAUUUGCAAAGACGCAUCAAGAAUAACCCCAAAACUUUCUGGCGCUACGUAAAUGAACAACGAAAGGAAACUGGACUGCCUUCAACGAUGUCCAAUGGUUUGAUUGAGGCUGAUACGAUUUCUGACAUUGCCGAUAUGUUUCGCUCUCAAUUCAGCAACGUCUUUACUGACGAAUAA